GUGGGACACCAAGCAGGCGACAUCGACAACCAACAUCUAAUCACGAGCCAAUCGCUGCGUCCGAUACCCAAAGCAGUGUUUAUUAUACCCUCGUUUCGCAAGAAUGGCACCUGCAGUCGGUCUCUCUAGGGCCACGUUUGCCAAACUCUCCCCACACCCAUAUCUACUUGCCAACCUCGAGCCAGCAAACGACGAUGUUCCUCCAGCGAGAAGUAAUGGCAGGGCGCCGCAGGAAGUCCGACAACCAACAGUCAACCUCUCAAGUCUCUCACAUGCUCAUGGAAGUGCGGUUGUCCGUAUGGGCGACACCACCGUCAUCUGCGGUGUCCGCGCAGAGUCCAUCCUCACAUCCAACAUCCCCAACUACCGCGAAUCAAAUACCGAGUCAGAGCUGAGAGACUACGAUUUACUGGUGCCGAACAUUGAACUAGCGACAGGCUCAGCACCGCAGUUUCUGCCAGGUGGUCCCCCUACAACAUUGGCUCAGACUCUUAGCACUCGCGUCUACUCCCUCCUUCAAAGCUCGAAGCUCCUCGACCCCGCCGACCUAAGAAUAUGGCAUAAACGUAUGAGCGACUCCAGCCUUGCAGACGAUGAUGAGGACAUGGAACAAGACAAUGCUGUCGAAGUUUCAGAGGAUAAAUACGUGGCUGGAUACUGGGUUCUCUAUGUCGAUAUCUUCUUCAUCUCCUUUGACGGAAACCCAUUCGAUGCCGCCUGGGCAGCUACUUUGGCGGCGCUCAAGGAUACCAAACUCCCUCAAGCAAGAUAUGACCCAGACCGCGAGAUGAUUGUCUGCUCCAGACAAAACCCACAGCAGCUCACUAUUCGUGGCAUGCCAAUUGCCUGUACAGUCACUGUGUUUACUGGCAAAGAGACGGAUCGCCCAACAGACGGAAAAUACUGGCUACUUGUUGACCCUGAUACUCUCGAGGAGUCUCUCUGUGACGAGAGUCUUACCAUUGUAGUAGACUGCAGCCAAGGGUCUACCAAAAUAUUAUCAAUCUCCAAGCACGGAGGAACUACACUGACGGCAAAGCAUUUGCGGUCCAAGGAACUUAUGGCACUGGCCGCAGGUAGAUGGAAGGACUUUGUGGCCGCAAUCGACGGCAGGCCGUAAAAGUUUACAUCACCAUAAACAAUAAUAAUAAAAGAAAUCAUAAGAAAGCAUUCACAACUAUAUUCGACAUCGCAUCGCAUAUUCUCAGAGUAAACAUCGUACAAUGCACAGGUCACGGAGUAAAAUGUGUCAACCAUUCGAACCACCCUUUCAGGCUUAAAUUCUAGGGCAGUAGAUACCGGCCGACCAAAAUCAAAAAACAUUUCUCUUCCGCCCAAGUCCGAACGAGGCCGCUGCGCCACUGCAUCCGAAGAUGCGCAAGUCGCUACGUGCAAGAGUCAAACAAGCGGGUU